CCUUGGCCAGAGAGAAGAUCCACGUCCCUCCGACUUACCUAUACGUCACGCACCCGCCGUCGAUCAUCCCAUCCCCCUCACCUAUUCACUCCUUCUCUAUACCAUUCAAACCACCCGGAUCGGUAACCAAGAUACCGCAGGAAGCCAUGGAAUCAAGAGGAGGAGGGUAUGAUGGUGAUAUGUUGGCUCUGUCUCUCGCCUCAACCCGCAGCCUCCCACCAGCUACCAUCCCAGAUUGCACACCCCUUACCCCCCCUCUCUCUCAUAGAACCAGCUCUCCCCUCUGUCAAACACCUCCCUUCCCCCUUCCAUAACCCCCCUUAUUUCACCUACGAAUCGUUUGACCGUCGCCACGCUCUAGAUAUAUGUUCAUCCUCCAGCUCCUUCCUCGGGAUGGCACGAGCGCUCAAAGGCGUUUAUCAUGGCGGGGGGCUAGAGAUAGGGAGGAGGGUCCGUACUUAUGGAAUAUUGUCUAGCAGAGAUGGCGGCUUUCUGAUCACGAUGCGAGAUCGAGAAUUGCUCGAGACGUCGAGCCCCUAAGCUCCUGGGGAUGCCGCAAGCAGCGUAGUAACAGCAUCGCCAAAAGAUCAUGGUACAUCAGAUGGGAAUAGCGCGACAUAGGGAUGGGAUCGUUCUGCGAGAUUUGUUACCUAGAGGCGUGAAAACUCGGUUGGAUAUUUCAAGUACGAUUAUC